CCAUUGGUUAUAGUUAAUUUCAUUGAGACAUUAUUUCCAAUGGAAGGAAAAAACCAAAGGAAUAUUAUUCUUUCUAUAUUCACAACAUUUCUUUAUGUGUUGAGCAUUGAUGUUGAACAAGUUGAAGCAAGAGCAUUUUUUGUUUUUGGUGAUUCUCUUGUGGACAAUGGAAAUAAUAACUACCUAGCUACAACUGCUCGUGCUGAUUCAUAUCCUUAUGGAAUUGAUUCUCCAGCUCAUAGAGCUUCUGGUCGUUUCUCCAAUGGCCUCAACAUGGCUGACCUUAUCAGUGAGAAAAUAGGGGAAGAACCCACAUUACCAUAUUUGAGUCCAGAGCUCGAUGGUGAGAAGUUACUUGCAGGUGCCAACUUUGCUUCUGCUGGGAUAGGAAUUCUCAACGAUACUGGAAUUCAGUUUAUAAACAUAAUCCGAAUUACAGCCCAAUUGGCAUAUUUUAAGCAGUACCAACAGAGAGUGAGUGCACUAAUUGGAGAAAAUGAGGCAAAAAAAUUAGUGAACGAAGCAUUGGUUCUAAUAACAUUAGGUGGUAAUGAUUUUGUGAACAACUAUUAUUUGGUUCCAUUCUCUGCCAGAUCUCGUGAAUUUGCUCUUCCUGAUUAUGUUGUCUUCCUCAUUUCGGAGUAUCGCAAAAUCCUUGAGAAUAUGUAUGAAUUAGGAGCAAGAAGAGUUUUGGUAACAGGAACGGGACCAUUAGGUUGUGUACCAGCUGAAUUGGCUAUGCAUAGUAGAAAUGGAGAGUGUGCUACUGAACUUCAAAGAGCUGUUAAUUUGUUCAAUCCUCAACUUGUUCAAUUGAUUAAUCAACUCAAUUCUCAAUUUGGUUCUGAUGUCUUCAUUUCUGCAAAUGCAUUCACUAUGCAUUUGGAUUUUGUUAAUGAUCCACAAGCAUACGGAUUUGUUACAUCAAAAGUAGCAUGUUGUGGUCAAGGAGCAUACAAUGGAAUUGGACUAUGUACCCCAGCUUCUAACUUGUGUCCAAAUAGAGAUCUAUAUGCAUUUUGGGACCCCUUUCAUCCAUCAGAAAAAGCAAAUAGAUUAAUCGUUGAUAAAUUUAUGACUGGAUCUACCGAAUACAUGCACCCAAUGAACCUUAGUACAAUUAUUGCUUUAGAUUCUAGGACCUAAUUAUGAUAUUUAAAAUAAUCCUAGAACCUAAUGCUUCAUUUCUAUAAGGUUGUGGUUGUAAACCUCAUCUUUUGCUAUUUAUUGUUUUUUUCUUAACGUUUAUAAAGCUUUUGGUAUGUAACAAAAAAGCUUUUGAAGUUAAUUAAGUGAGUUAUUUAUUUUUA